AUGGCUCCCUCCGCAAAAGCGACACGGACUUUUCUCCUCACCGCUUCCAUAGUCAGCAUUACAAUUGGGGGUAGCCUGUACGGCGCAGAAUUGAAGAGCAAACAAGAAAAGAAACAGAUCAUUGAAAAGGACCACCAAGCAACCUUCGACGAGAAAAUUCAGUCCCUCCAAAGCGCCCGACAAGUCCUAGUAUCGAAGAAACUCGCAGUCGAGAAGCAGUUACAGGAUUUGGAGAUAAGAAUUGCAGAGAGGUCACGGAAAGGCUUGGCUUCGUCAACGAGUAAAAAAACGGAUCAAGAUGGUCAGUCGAAAUAA